AGGAGGAGGAGAGGAGGAGGAGGAGGAGGAGGAAGGACCCGAUGGCGAACAGCAGCGAGCUGGGGAGCAGCAGCAGCCCGCACCUGCCCAGCGCCGGCGGCCUGCUGAGCGCCUCCGGGCUGAAGCUCGCCACGCUGGGGCUGAUCCUCUGCGUCAGCCUGGCCGGUAACGUGCUCUUCGCCUGGCUCAUCCUCAAGGACCGGCACCUGCACCGCGCGCCCUACUACCUGCUGCUGGACCUCUGCCUGGCCGACGGGCUCCGCUCGCUCGCCUGCUUCCCCUUCGUCAUGCUGUCGGUGCGCAGCGGGGCCGCCUGGCCCCACGGGCCCCUCAGCUGCAAGGUGCUGGCCUUCCUGGCCGUGCUCUUCUGCUUCCACGCCGCCUUCCUGCUCUUCUGCGUGGGGGUCACACGCUAUAUGGCCAUCGCCCACCACCGCUUCUACGCCAAGCGCAUGACGGGCUGGACCUGCCUGGCUGUGGUGUGCAUGGUGUGGACCCUCUCCAUGGCCAUGGCCUUUCCCCCCGUCUUUGACGUGGGCACCUACAAGUUCAUCCGGGAGGAGGAACAGUGCAUCUUCGAGCACCGCUACGUCAAGGCCAAUGACACGUUGGGCUUCAUGCUCAUGCUGGCGGCCGUCAUCGCCGCCACCCACCUGGUCUACAUCAAGCUGCUCUUCUUCAUCCACGGCCACCGCAAGAUGAAGCCGGCCCAGCUGGUGCCGGCCAUCAGCCAGAACUGGACCUUCCACGGGCCGGGAGCCACCGGCCAAGCGGCUGCGAACUGGACGGCUGGCUUUGGCAGGGGGCCCACGCCGCCCACCCUCGUGGGCAUAAGGCAGGCCACCCACAGCCAGAUCAAGAGGCUGCUGGUGCUGGAGGAGUUUAAGAUGGAGAAAAGGCUCUGCAAGAUGUUCUACAUGAUCACCUUGCUCUUCCUGCUGCUCUGGUCCCCCUACAUUGUGGCCUGCUACCUGCGGGUCUUCAUUAAGGCCAGCUCCAUCCCCCAGGUGUACCUGACCACCUCCGUCUGGAUGACGUUUGCCCAGGCAGGGGUCAACCCGAUCCUCUGCUUCAUCUUCAACAAGGAGCUCAGGGUCUGUCUCCGAGCCCACUUCCCAUGCUGCCAAAGCAUCCAGAGCACCCAGGGCACCAUCCUUUGUGAUCUCAAGAGCUUUGGGAUGUAGGGGGACUUUUCUCUUUCUAAAAAAAAGAAAGAUGGAUAUAAAUUUCCAUGUUUCUGCAUAUGAGCUCAAGAGAGUGUGACCUGUGGGGGACAUACUAAACCACCACCCAGCACCCAAACCUUAGGCUGUAAGAAGCUAUUUUAUUUAUUUUUCUAUAUUUUGCGUAUGCUCUCUUCAGAACAUAACAGGUUGCUGUCUAUGGGAACAGGUACUUGAGCAGAACACCCCCAAACCUUAGGCAGUAAGAAGCUGUUUUUUUCUUUGUGAUUGUGUGGUUUUUAAAAACAAAACAGGGCUCCGAGUUUCUGGUCUUGCUUCUAACGUUUCUAAACAUGAUUCCAACAGAUAUGGAUUAAGGCCAUGACAUUUUUUUUGUUUCCCUAUUCCUGUCUGUUUUGAUAAAGGCUUAACAAUUUUACUCAUGUAAUAUUUGAUAAGGGCCAAGACAAUUUUAUACUAAAGUUAUUUUUGAUGACCUCAAGAGGUGUUGUUUUAUUAUUAUUUGAUUUUAAGUGAAGAACAUGAAGAGGACGUUCCUAAUGUGGUCAGAAGUCAGUUUUGGUGGGAGCUGUUGGGUUCAUUCAUUUUCAAAUGGUUUGAGUAUUUGAAGCUGUUAGUUAUAACUUUUGCUUGACAUGCAAACAGUGUAGAACUAAUUUCAAAUUUUCUUGUUGCACUAUUAAUUUGGUAAUAUUUCAGAACUAUUUGUGAAAUGUGAUUUUAAAAUACCAACUUUAAAAAUAAGCAACUAUAGCAGUUUUUAAAACCUAGAUUGAAAUUCAUAUUUUACUGCCUUUAUAGGAAGUUAUCUACAAACCUGGGUAAUACUUGUACAUUUUGACUGUUUUCUUUAAUAAAAUAUUGAAAACCUUUA